AUGAGCCAACGUUCUUCGGCUGGUUCGUCUGGGCUAACGUCGAGAAGUUCUCAGGUUGGAGUUCCGUGUAGGUGCUGGUGUGGUGGAGAGAUUAUGACCUACAUCUCAAAGACGAAAGAGAAUCCCAAUCAAAGAUUUUAUAGAUGUGUUGUAGGUGUGAAGGAGAAGAAGGAGAAACACAUGUUCUGUUGGGUUGAUGAUGCUCUUCUAGAGGAGAUUAGGAUGGUUGAAAGCAAACAGAACCAACUCUUAGAGGAUCUAAAAAAGAUGGUAUCAAACAAUGUGGAGCUCCAAAAGGAGAUGGUAAAGGAGAUGGUACGGGAGAUGGAAGAAAAGGUGGAGAAGAAUAUGAUUGAGAUCAUGAGGCAAGAGCUAAUGGUUACGAAAGAGAGUAUGGAGAAGUCGAACAAGAAGAGGAUUUGUUUACUAGUCGUAAUGGCAUGGCUUUAUAGAAAGAUGAUCUGA